AUGACCAUGCCUGAGCGGGUUAAAACCCGCAUUUGCAUGAUUUCAGACACCCAUACCAACACGCCCGUCCCCGCAUCCUUCACAUCCAACCCAUUUCGAAACCCGCUUCCAGAAGCCGACGUCCUCAUCCACGCAGGCGAUCUCACAGUAAAAGGAUUCGCCGCCGAAUAUGAGAAGACCAUCUCGAUGCUCAAGGCCGCGAAGGCCGAACUAAAGCUCGUAAUUGCUGGCAAUCACGACCUCACCCUCGACGAAGAAUACUACUCAAGCUACGGCUACCGGCGGCACCGCAUACCAGUACGGCUAGACACUACACAAUCAGCACUCGAAAAUGAGGAGCAAUCUCUUAUGCGCACAAUCCGGGUUGGCAAUGUUCCUCGCAUCGAGGCCUUUCAAUCAUAUACCCGUCACGUCAAGGAGUUAUGGACAAACCAGUCAGCCCGAGACGCAGGCAUCCGAUAUCUGGAAGAGGGAGUCCACUCAUUCAUCUUAUCAAAUGGCGCCAAGCUCACUAUAUACGCAUCUCCAUACCAACCUGAAUUUUUUCGCUGGGCAUUUGCCUAUAAUCGCUCAGAAGAUCGCUACAACCUCCCCCGUCCAGGCUCGAUAGACCCCCCUCCUCAGAAUCCCGUUCCAGAUCAUCCAAACAUAGACAUUAUGCUCACGCAUGGCCCGCCAUAUGGUAUUCUCGAUCGUGUCGGGGACGACUCGGUGAAUUAUCAAAGAGAAUCUGAUACAGAUAGCCACGUUGGGUGCAAGAACCUUCUUCGUGCUGCAGAAAGAUCUCGUCCUCGUGUCUAUCUGUUUGGACAUAUUCAUGAGGGAUGGGGUGCUGUUCGUGGUACCUGGGAUAUGUUCGCCAAUGGAGGAGUCAAGCAGGAGCCUAUUAUUCUGCCACAAGAAGAAAUGGCAGCAAAUCGGGGCGCGUUUUAUGAUAUAAGCUCCGAAAGUGAUAGGCCAUUGCAGUUUGGUGGGGAAACGCUUUUUGUGAAUGCAAGUAUUUGUACGCUUUCGUAUAGGGCAACGAACGCGCCUUGGGUCAUUGAUUUGGAUCUUCCUGUGGCUGAAACAGACGAUCUGGCGCAGGCUGGGAAAGACAAUACGGAGCAGAAAUGA